UCCUAUUGCAUAUGUGAAGUCUCAUCAAUAAGACCUCUUUUUCUAUGUCUUCCCUAAGGUGUCAACAGUUUUUAGACGUAGUUUCAGGCCUUUAUUUUGAAGGAUGAGCUUGCAAGAGCACAUUGGGUAAGUGGACAGGUGGGGGCUCUCCGGGUGAAUCUUGCGUAAAUCUGAAAGGUAGCCAUUGUUUCUCUCGCUCUAGUGAGAAGCCAACUGUCCCGGUUGAUUUAUUAUCGAAUAGAUAUGUGAAAAACACAAUGAAGUUGGAUCAGAAACAACGUUUGACAUGUUUAUGUGGACAUUAUGGAUAUCAUUUGGAAUUUUUUUCACCGUUGUAGCGAACGCUUUUUCCGGUGGAUUCCUGGUCAUGACGCAUCAAACAAACGGAGGUAUUUGGAUAUAAAACAUAUCUUUAUGGAACAAAAGGAACAUUUGCUGUCUAACUGGGAGUCUCGUGAGUGAAACCAACUGAAAAUCAACAAAGAGAAAACCCCGGCUCAGAGACAGCAGUUCCCAGUGCCUGAUGACAAAGAGGACUGGAAGACCGACAGCCCAGUGAGCUACACUGCCACGUCUGUGAUCAUCAAGCCUGUAUGGGCCGAUCAAGACAUCGGAUCUUUCUCCCUGCGGUUUAACGCUCUGGAUGGCAAUGUGGACAGGCGGAGUCACAAGGGAGACUAGAAAGUGGAGCAGGUCAUGCCACUGUGAGCCUUCAUUCAACACAGUUCUACAAUGGUGACCCUUAGCAAGAUUACAUCAUAAUACACAACUUCCUACUUACAGACAACAUCAACAGCAUUCAAAUAUGCCAAGGAUGCCACUUUUGGCUCAAAUUGUGGAAAUCCCCAAGAAAAUCAGUCUUAGCAGGUAUUAAUACUGUUGAUGCUGAUGUAAUCUUGUUAGGUUCUAAUUUUAAGAGUAAAUGACUCCACGGACACUAGGAAAGCUUCACUAAUUUAAAUUCUUCCCAAAGGGUCGAUACAGCUGCAUUCAGACAAACAACAUUUCACAGAAGCACUGAUAUUUAACACUUUCUCCUCGGUUGAGUCUCCUCCACAUCUGAACAGCCAAUGCAUCUUCUGUUGCUAGACAGAACCUUAGUUAUAUCUGUUCUAACGUGACUUUUACCCCAAAGCGCUCACUCCUCCCCAACUCAAGGCUGUCAUGGUUAUUGAUACCAGACUGUGUCUCUUCUCCUCCCAGAGGAUCCCUGAUAAUAACAUAUCCUGACAUAAUGUAAAUGUUAUACAUUAACCUCUCUCCCGCAGUGACAUUUUUAUGUUCUAAGAUUUCCACCCGUCUCCCCUACACAUUCCAAAACCAUCUGUCUCCUACCGAUAACCAUUCACUUCUGAUGUAACAACCAUUCUCUAUCACCCCCCAGAUACUAUAGUAUUACUUCUGAUCUAUCAUGUCUCUAGUAUAGCAAUGUUCAUAGCUUCACCCAGAAUCCAACACUUGUGUAUCUGGAUCUUUAAAAUCUCCCAACAUAAUGCCUACUUGACAUGAGCUGUCCGAAGCAGCUGUGGCAAAUGUGUGACCCUAUUCAAUCAUUGACCAGCCAAUGAUAAACUAGCAUUCUGCAGCAUGUUACUACCCAGCUAGCACAGUGGAGCUGGGCCGAUUCUGGCUGAGUCGGGACACUUGGCUGAGAGUCAGACUCAGCCGAGGUUAUGUGGCCUUAGUCUGGGCCGCCUUCGGCAGUAUUACUUAUGGCUAGGAUGCGGGGAUUGAGCUCGGGCCGAUUCCGGUGAGAGUUAUCUGGCCCACUUGGGGCUCGGGCCGAUUGGGGCUACUCUGGCUUAUGAUUACAUGGGCUGCUUUAUAUAAUUAACAUUUCAUUAAUUAUUUUUCCAUAUUUUCUCAUUGUCUCUGUGAUCAAAAAAUACAAUUAACAUUUAAAUAAAAUUCUUUAAGAGUCCUGUGUACAAUUUUAGAAUUUUGAUACUUUGUGCAAGGCAAUAGAUAAGCAUUAACUUUGUGGAUGGAGCCUCCCGAGUGGUGCAGCGGUCUAAGACACUGCAUCACAGUGCAAACUGCGUUACUACAGAUGCUGGUUCGAGACCCGUGCCGGCCACAACCGGGAGACACAUGAGGUGACUCACAAUUGGCCCAUCAUCGUCCAAGUUAGGGGAGGGUUUCGCCGGCCGGGAUGUCCUUGUCCCAUCGCGCUGUAACGACUCCUGUGACGGGCCAGGAACAUGCACGGUCACCAGGUGUAUGGUGUUUCUUCUGAAGGUGGAUGGGUAUAAUUUGUAUGUAUAAUAGUAAUAUUUAAAAUGACUAAAUCGUAAACAUUUUGUAUACAUUUAUUUGAAUUUGCAUCGGGCUGCUUCUGGGGGGAUUCUGGUAAGAUGCCGGAAAAGUCGGCUGACAUCGGGCCGAUUCUGGGCAGUCAUUCAUUUUGAUUCUGGGCCGAGUCCGACACCCGAUUCCGGGCCGACUCAAUGACUUCCGGCCCCCCGGAAGAGUGCCGCUUCCUCAUUGCUAGCUGGAAAUCCUUGCGGCCGCACUGGUUUGAUUGGGAGAGGUUUGCUGGACGGUGAGGACCCAAUCACGCAGCAGAUCCGAUUGCUACCAGUGUACUUCCUGGAUUGACUGGAACUUAAAUGGAAUGGCCCCCAACCCAGGUAGCUCCACCCUGACCUUGCCCUCUGAAAGGCUAUGUGGAAUCCUCGCCAUAACUCAACUCUGGACCUUGAAGCCAGUGCCGCUGCAUUUGUUCAUUGUUCCCUUCUAAUCAGGGACUGAUUUAGACCAGGAACACCAGGUGGAAGAGAGACUCAGCCGGACAGCAAGUGUCACACCCAGUGUCCAAACUGCCAGUUCUGCAGUUUGUGUCCAUCAAGAGGAGAGACUGUGGGGAAUGGGCCAUCCCAGGGGUUUAUAAUGGCUAUGUAGAUAACCCAAGAAAAAAUGACAACUCUUGGAUGGAAACAGUUGCUGUCAACUUCCAGGAUGAUACUGGGCUGGUAGCAGUGGCCCAGUCAGUUGGCGUGACUCUGCUGGCACCCAGGAAAAAGAUCACUGUCAUGUUGAUGGGCAACCACUCUGCUGGCAAGAGCUCCUUCAUCAACUGGUAUGUGGAGGAGCACAUCCAGCGUACAGGAGUGGCCAUUGAGACGCAAGGCUUCAGCUUUGUUACUAGUGGGCGCAAGAGAGAGUCUCUCACAGGAAAUGCCACGCUGCACCUUUACCCACACUUCAAACCUCUACACGAGAUCAAGGGUGUGUCUGAGUACCUGGGCACUGAGAUCUGCACGUCGCGGCAGAAACGCUUCAGCCUAGUGACGUUUGUGGACUCUCCUGGCCUGGUGGACGGGGACAUGAAGUACCCCUUUGAUGUGGACCAGGCCAUCAUGUGGCUGGGCGAGCUGUGUGACCUCAUCCUGGUGUUCUUUGACCCCAUGGGCCAGGCGCUGUGCAAGCGCACCCUCAACAUCGUGGAGAAGCUCAACGAGAAGCACGGUGACCGCCUGCGCUUGUACCUCAGCAAGGCCGACGAGGCUGGGGGAGAGUCGGACAGACAGAGGGUGAUGAUGCAGAUAGUCCAGGAGCUGUGCAAGCGGCCGGGACUCAACAAGUGUGGCUUUGACAUGCCUACCAUCUAUGUCCCCAACCCCAGCAAGCCCAGUCGCUGUGUGAACCAGAUUGAGGAGGCAUGUCGCACCAUCGAGAAGACCAUCAACCAGACAGUCCAGAACACACUCAACUCACUAGAGAAGGACUGUGAUCUUAUCACUGAGGCCAUUGCAGAUACACUCAGCCAAGACAGGCAGACCAGUGUAGAUAACCGGCGGGCGCGCUGUAAAAGCUGUUUGUUGGCUUUUCUGGGCUUCAGUGUCCCCUUCAUGCUGAUGGCAGCCCUGGUGCUGGGCAGCUUCUCCAAAGAGCUGCUAAAGAUGGCCCUGGGGGAUGACGGCAUCGAGGCCCUCUCUCUCUACCUGGCUCCUGUAGUGAGAGUGUUUGACUCCAUGUCCGUGGAGUACCAGCUCUACAGUUGUGGCGGACUCAUCUUCCUCUCCUUCCUACUCCUCAUCCUUGCCCGCUUCUCCUUCAGGACUCGGCCCACUCUCUCUGGCCGACAGAAGAGGCAGCUACAGGAAAAGCUGGAUUAUGUGCAGGAGGUGGUGAAGACAAAGAAGAAGAAGCUCUAUGAGGAAUACCUUCGCCAGAGUGUGGGUGAUCAAGAUAUGGACUGAAAUAAAAUGGAGGAAACCACUGAAGUACCACUUAACAUUCCUACUGUAGAGGACCAAAUGUAAUGUAGGGUUUAAACUGUUCAGGCUUUACCUUCCUGGCCAUGCCUUAUGGUGCAUUCAUGACAAUUCUGAAACUCAGAGUUAAAAUUAACAUAAGUUGUUUGUGUAGAGCAGGGCUGUUCAAUGUCAGUCAUGGAGGGCCAAAGCACUUCUGGUUUUCAUCCUUCUAAUCAGAGACUGAUUCAGACCUGGGACACCAGGUGAGUGCAAUUAACUACCAGGUAGAAACAAAAAAGUGUUUCGGCCCUCCAGGACCGUAAUUGAACGGUCCUGGCGUACAGCUUCCUAUUGGUUGAUUGUGAUUCUUUCCAAGUGGGAGAACUCUGGCCUCCUCUUUCUACAACGAAUGUCCAAGUAAAAAAUGUCUUGAGUUUCCGAGUUGUCUUGAACGCACCAUUUACGUGUCACUCCGGAGUACGCAGGGUGACAUGGGAAAAUGUAAUCCUUGUCCAAGUGUUGUCAGUCCAAUAUCUGUUCAUUCAUGUAGUUGUAAACCAUAGAUCGCCUCAAUUUCUGAUUUAAUUUGAGCAUUCAGAACCCAACUCCUAACUCUGGCAAUCACUGUAAUAUUAAUUUCCCAAUAUUUUUCACUACCAUGUUACCUGAUUGUUGUUUUUAAAAUCUACCUAACGUCAUGGGACCUGCAUUUUUGUGUGAGAUUAGAUUCUGUUUACAAACUACAUUAUGAAUUGAACAAAGCAUUUUAUAUACGUUUUUACAAUGUUUGGUAUCCAGUUGUGCCUGUUUGCUACUCCAGGCUUCAACAUCUGACAAACACCUAUGAUGCAAUAUAAACCAAUAAUAACAUAUGAGCAUCAUGGGACCUGUGUUUUUGUACAAGGUGAACUCUCAGCAACAAUGUCUCUGUGAGCAAAUCAGCAUUUAAAUGACUUAUGCGAUACUAUUUACUUGCUGUUCCACACGUUUUCUGACCAAGAAUGUCAAUUGUUUCUAACUGUAAGACUAAUGAAUAAGCACAACGGCUGCGUGUUAACAAGCAGUUCACAACCAUGACACUGAGGAUAUGUUGAUUAUCAGUGAUGUUUUACUUUUCCUACAUUGUUAGUACGUUUCAUUCAAAAUUAUAUAAAUGCAAAUGUUUGUACAAUGUGUUCUGUUCAGCAGGGGUCAUGCAUUUUUAGGAUAUCGAUGCCAUGUAAACCUCUUUAUAUAUAUAUAAAUAUGGGCAGUGAGAAAAUUGUCACAUUUGUUAA